GCACACAUCACAACGUACAUCACGCGCAUUGACACAUCACCAUAGCUAGUUACCCUAGACUCAUCAGAAGUAUUCUCAUCGACGACUCUGCAUUUUUUUGAAGGAAUCUGAUGUUGAUUUCGCCGUCUUCAAGAUGAUAUUUGGUUCAUCAAGUACUCUUGCCCUGCUGAACAUGGUCUGUAUGGGCUGCAGUCGUCACCACUGUGACUUCUGCGACUUAGUUGCGUCGUUUUUCCCUCUGUGACGGCGAGAGAAAACCGGCUAGUUUGUCGGGAACUUUUGGGCAGUCGUGCCGAUUUGAUAAAAUAACUAUGUAUGUUUUAUUUUUGUGCUGCCAAUUUUCUUCGGAGAUGUGCCAGUUUACUUCACUUUUAAACCCCCGACUGACAACGUAGGAAUCUUCCGUCAUUUUGUAGUGUACCCCAUUUUCGCAUCAGAUGAGCAAAAGUACUUCUAAAGUGGACCGAAAAUCAUCGGGAGAUUGGAAAAACAUGGAGUUGUUCAACUCGCCUAUCUUUAAGUCCUUUGUGGCAGGCUCCCUGAGUGGGACCUGUUCAACAGUGCUGUUGCAACCACUAGACCUUGUAAAGACCAGGAUUCAGUCGCCUGCUGCUCUAGAGCACAGCCAUCGAGGAAUCUUCUACACCAUCUCAAGCGUCGUCCGCCAUGAAAAAAUUCUUGGCCUUUGGAGGGGAGUCAUUCCUUCUGUUUCCAGAACAGUUCCUGGAGUAGGACUCUACUUCUGCUCCCUUCAUACACUCAAAACAAAGUUGGGAUGGACGGAUCCCAACCCAUUACAAGCCAUAACACUAGGCAUGUUAGCACGCUGUGUAGCAGGAGGAAUGAUGCUCCCUGUCACAGUAGUCAAGACCCGCUAUGAGAGCGAAGCUUACCAGUACAAGACAGUCAGAGGAGCUUUGAAGAGUAUCUACAACACCGAAGGUACUAAAGGUCUAUUCAGUGGAAUGGCAGCCACUCUAUUGCGAGAUGCCCCCUUCUCAGGAAUCUAUCUACUGUUUUACACACAGACCAAGAAAGCAAUACCCCCAGAUAUGAUAACCCCCCAUAUGAUGCCCACCAUCAACUUCUCGUCAGGCCUGCUGGCAGGGGUUUUAGCGUCGGCGGUCACCCAACCGGCCGAUGUCAUCAAAACCCACAUGCAACUCUACCCCCAAAAACAUAAGAAGGUUAUGGCCACAGUGCAGUAUGUUAUCAAGAAAAGUGGAGUGAACGGCCUGUUCCGAGGCAUGUUGCCUAGGUGCUUAAGGAGGACACUGAUGGCCUCUCUGGCAUGGACAGUAUAUGAACAGGUGAUAGUAAAGUUCGGCCUGAAGUAGCCGCAACAUCCGGCUUGUCCGCACUCUCUAUGUCUCAUAGGAGUCUAAAGCCUGAAAUGGAAAAAGACCUCCAGCAGGUUAUCCUGCCUGGAGGGAAGCCUUCACAUUGGAAGUGAUGGCCAGAGGAUGGAGAAAGAAAGCCCUGUAAUACAGUGGUUGAAAUGUAAAAUAAAACAUAUUGUAGUCGUUUAAAAGUGUUUAAUCUGAAAAUCAUCUGCCAGUGGUCACAUCCGAGCUUGGUUCAAAUAAGCUUCAAAUAAAUUAUAGUAAAAAGUAUUUCAAGUGGGAAAUAAAACUUACAAUAGAUCCUAAAACUAAAAAUGCAUGAUUGGUAUUUGCACAGCCUCUUAAAGCCUUGGGUUUGGUGUUCACUUAAUGCAAGGAAGGUGCAAUAAUAAUAGGUAAACACACUUAAGAAUGUAUUUUAAAAGAAAAGUACAAUGUAUUCAAAUGAGUCUUAUUCUUGUGACAUUUUUACAUGUACAUUUAGUUUUCAGUAUUAUUUAGUUGUGUAGCCAACAAGGUUUUUCGCUGGAAUAUUAAAAAGCAAUUAAAAUGCUAUUUAUAAAACGCAACAUCUCAGAACCUAUUUAAAAAGAGUGUAUUUAGUUUUAUGAUAUAUUUGUUAACUUCCUGAAACUAUUAGUUACCUCAAACCCACGUUUAUUCCCCAAGGCCUUAAGAGGUUGCAGACAUUGAUUGAUGUGGAAUUCUAAAUUUUCUGCCAGAUAACGAAAUUUGAAUGGAAUUUGAGCCAAGCUUAACAAAUUUAGAUGCAUUGUUGAAAAUGGUGUGACUGCGUGUAAUACUGGUGUGUGAAUUUUUAAUGUGUCCCCCCCCCCCAUUUUGUCCUAAUUUUGUUUUCUAUAUUUUCUUCUUUAUUUGAUUGGGGUGGGGGUGUUUAUUUUUAAUUUGAAAUCAUUCAACACUGAAAUUUCCAGAUUCUGUACCUAUAAGCUGCACAAGGCAGGGUUAUAAAAAAACUUGUCCAAGAUGUAAAUAUAUCAUUAAAAAAAAAAAAAAAAUGAAAUGUACAGAAAGUAUUUUACGUUAGUCUUAUUGCUUUGCAUAAUUAAUUAUUUUGUUUAGAAACGCACAAAGCAAAGUGAUACAAAGUCUGAGAAAUCUGAGUGUUGACGGUUGAGUAUUGUACAUAAGUUGAUGUUGGCCGUCUAAGGCCGAUUUAUUGUUAUUGAAACGGACGAUUCUGUUAUACCAAUUUAUUUCUUCAUUGUCACAUUGUACAGUUUAAAAAAUAAUGACAGUGGGGAAUGCUUGAAGAUACUAAUACAAGCUGCUCGUUGAAAACUCAUAAUUAGAAUAGUUAACAAGUUUUUAUUGUCUGAAAUCAUUGUGAAUGAGUGAGAUACGGCGGUAGAAGUUAUUAAAAGCCUGUGCAUAAAAAUAUUAUUUGGAGCAUACCAAGUUUACAAUGAUAAUCACAAUAUGUCGACAUUGAAAAUUGGGACUACAUGUGUACUAAUGACGGCCAAGCCGUGUACUUGAAAGGUAUUGCAUUUUGUACACGUUCACUUUUAAACCCUGUAGAGAAUAUAACGCAUUGAACCUUAUUUUGCACAUGAUUGGAAAUAUACACCAUUGUGCAUUGAUUGGUUUCAUAAAAUAAUUAGCCAGUAAACCAGUUGGGUUAUCUUUCAAUUCUGAAUACAACUCAAGAGAGUGAUUUUCUAAAUACAAGAGUGACUUGACUUAUUUUCUGUACCGGUAGUUCUGGGCGCCAAUUGGCACAAUGGGUAUGGUGUGCAUGAGCUGAUCAAAUGAUCAUGGAUGCCUCAUUAUGACUUUCAGUACAAUUGACACAAGUCUUGCGUUGAUUUGAACAUUGAGAACUGUUUUAGUGCGUGCUUCUUUCCAGAUGCAACUGUUUAUGGGCCAGACUUGCACAGUCUACAGUGGUAGAUAACUUAUCGGCACCAAUAUUUCCACACCAUUUUUCAGAUGUGGCGAUCGGUGGGAACUUUUUUUUUGAAAACUCAAUGCCAAUGUUUUUUGAAAUAAUUGAACAUGUUCAUAAUGCAUACAAAGUGGCAUUAAUCAUGAAAAUCUGGUGCAUCUUUUUUGUGUUUAAGCCAGUACUGGUUCAUGCAGGAGUGACUCCAGUAUUUAGUCUUAUAGGAACUGAUCAUGUAUGGAAUGUUGACUGUGUGUAUAGAUCGUGCAAGUCCAAUUUCCUUUGGGUUCGCAUUGCUUGUAAAUGAUAAAAAACUAUGCACUUUAAUGGAUCCCAAUGGAAUGUGCACAAGACUUGCACAAUCUAUUGUUGAGGUUUCAACUCUUUAUUACCUAGACUCGCGUCAAAAGCGAGAAACUAAAUCUUGCUGUAUUGUUAUCGUUAUGCGGUUAGCAUGACAACCUUUUACAUUAUUGUACAUACAACAGAGCUUUAAGCUGUCAUGCAGUGUGUCGUAUUGUUGGACGAACCAGCAGUGCAUUAUUACAAAUUGAAUUACAGAAACAGUUAAAUAUUUUCAUUUUUAGGGUGUUCUUUUUAAUUUUUAGGAGACUUGGAAAUUUUGAGGAGGCAAAUUUGCUGUAACAUUCCCCUUGUGUACACAAAGUAGACUUGUCUCUACAAAAAAUAUGUAUUGCUUGUUAAGAAAUACAUUUAAGUGACUACCUAAAGACUGACUGAAACAGGCGCUAACUAACUUGCUACGGCAUCUUAUAAGUAAAGUACAUAAAAGGGCAUUAUCAAUUGGCAUUACAGCUAAUACUUCUAAAAUGUAGUGCAUGAAAUGUUAACCCUCAUAAGUUUUCUUGAUAAAUCUUGCACAAAGUCAAGAUACCUUGUGUAAUUCGACAUGAAUAAUUAAAGUGUUUUAUACUGCAGCUGUACUAUUAUCAGGCAUUGUGUAAUUAUUAUUAUUGAAAAUAACACUUGUAAAUAUUUAAUAAAUGCCAAGUACAGCUACAGUGGUGUUAAGAAAAUAAUUAUUUUAAUUAAUUUUUUUUUGCCAAAUAAACAAUACUUGUAAUUGA